UCAAGAAGGUUAUAUCCAUGGUUUACUGCUGCCGCCAGCCAUGGGCCUUUGGGGCAUACUUUGUUUUUUAAUCUUCCUGGGAAAAAGUUGGGGACAGGAGCAAACGUAUGUCAUUUCAGCACCAAAAGUACUCCGUGUUGGAGCAUCUGAAAAUAUUGUAAUUCAAGUUUAUGGAUACACUGAAGCAUUUGGUGCAGAAAUCUCUAUUAAAAGUUAUCCUGAUAAACAAUUUACUUACUCUUCAGGCUAUGUUACUUUGUCCACAGAAAACAAAUUCCAAAACUCUGCAAUCUUAACACUACAACCCAAACAGUUGUCUGGAGGACAAAACCCAGUUUCACAUGUGUAUUUGGAUGUUGUAUCAAAGCAUUUUUCACAAUCAAAAAAAAUUCCAAUAACCUAUGACAAUGGAUUUCUCUUCAUUCACACAGACAAACCUGUUUACACUCCACACCAGUCAGUAAAGGUUAGAGUUUAUUCACUGAAUGAUGACUUCAAGCCAGCCAAAAGAGAAACUGUCUUAACUUUCAUAGAUCCCGAAGGAUCAGAAGUUGACGUUGUAGAAGAAAAUGAUUAUACUGGAAUCAUCUCUUUUCCUGACUUCAAGAUUCCACCUAGUCCUAAAUAUGGUGUGUGGACAAUUCAAGCUAAAUAUAAAGAGGACUUUUCGACAACGGGAACUGCAUAUUUUGAAAUUAAAGAAUAUGUGUUACCGCAUUUUUCUGUCUCAAUAGAACCGGAAAAUAGUUUCAUUGGUUAUAAGGACUUUAAUAAUUUUGAAAUUACUAUAAAAGCAAGAUAUUUUUAUAAUAAAGUCGUCACUGAGGCUGAAGUUUUUAUCUUUUUUGGAAUAAAAGAAGACUUAAAAGAUGAUCAAAAAGAAAUGAUGCAUAAAGCAGUGCAAAACACGGUGUUGAUAAAUGGAAUUGCUCAAGUCACAUUUAACUCUGAAACAGCAAUUAAAGAACUGUCCUAUGAAAGUCUAGAAGAUAUAAACGAGAAGUACCUUUAUAUAGGUGUGACAGUCACAGAGUCUACAGGUGGAUUUUCUGAAGAGGCAGAAAUUCCUGGCAUCCAAUAUGUCCUCUCUCCCUACACACUGAAUUUGGUUGCUACCCCUCUUUUCUUGAAGCCUGGGAUUCCAUAUCCUGUCAAGGUGCAGGUUAAGGAUUCGCUUGACCAAUUGGUAGGAGGGGUCCCGGUGACCCUGAGUGCACAAACGGUCGAUGUCAACCAAGAGACCUCAGACUUGGAGUCAAAGAAGAGUGUAACACGUUCCAGUGACGGAGUAGCUUCAUUUGUGGUUAAUCUCCCAUCUGAAGUGACGGUGCUGGAGUUUAACGUCAGGACCGAUGACCCAGAUCUUCCAGAAGAAAAUCAGGCCAGCAAAGAUUACCGAGCAAUAGCAUAUUCAUCUCUCAGCCAAAGUUACCUUUAUAUUGACUGGACUCAAAACUAUAAAACUUUGCUCGUGGGAGAACAUCUGAAUAUUAUUGUUACCCCCAAAAGUCCAUAUAUUGACAAAAUAACUCACUAUAAUUACUUGAUUUUAUCCAAGGGCAAAAUCAUUCACUUUGGCACAAGGGAGAAACUUCCAGAUUCAUCUUAUCAAAGUAUAAACAUUCCAGUGACCCAGAACAUGGUUCCUUCAGCCCGUCUCCUGGUCUAUUACAUCAUCACAGGAGAGCAGACAGCAGAAUUAGUGUCUGACUCAGUCUGGUUAAAUAUUGAAGAAAAGUGUGGUAACCAGCUCCAGGUUCGUCUGUCUCCAGGUACAGAUGUGUAUUCUCCAGGUCAACGUGUAUCUCUUAAUAUGGCAACUGAGUCAGAUUCCUGGGUGGCUUUAGCAGCAGUGGACAGUGCUAUAUAUGGAGUCCAAGUGAAAGCCAAGAAGCCCCUGGAAAAAGUGUUUCAGGUGUUAGAGAAGAGUGACCUGGGCUGUGGGGCAGGUGGUGGCCGCGACAAUGCAGAUGUAUUCCACCUGGCUGGACUCACUUUCCUCACCAACGCAAAUGCAGAUGACACCGAAGAAAAUGAUGAGCCUUGUAAAGAAAUUCUCAGGCCAAGGAGAAUGCUGCGAGAGAAAAUAGAGGAAGAAGCUUCCAAAUACAUACAUGUAAAGGUAAAGAGAUGUUGUUAUGAUGGAGCCUUUCUUAAUGAACAUGAAACCUGUGAGCAGCGAGCGGCACGGAUUACGAUAGGCCCAAGAUGCGUCCAAGCUUUCAAGAUUUGCUGUACCGUUGCAAAACAGAUCCGUGCUAACGAGACUCAUAAAGGCGUGCAAUUGGGAAGGCUACAAAUAAAGACCUUGUUACCAGUAACAAAGCCAGAAAUAAGGAGCUAUUUUCCAGAAAGCUGGUUAUGGGAAGUUCAUCACGUCUCCAAAAGAAACCAGUUGCAGUUUGUGCUACCUGAUUCUCUAACUACCUGGGAAAUUCAAGGUGUUGGCAUUUCAAAUAGCGGUAUAUGUGUUGCUGAUACUCUCACGGCAAAGGUGUUCAAAGAUUUCUUCCUGGAAAUGAAUAUACCAUAUUCUGUUGUGCGAGGGGAACAGAUCCAAUUGAAAGGAACUGUUUACAACUAUAGGACAUCUGGGAUGCAGUUCUGUGUUAAAAUGCCUCCCGUGGAGGGAAUCUGUGCGUCGGGGAGCCCAGGCAUCGGCCGUCAAAUGGGCAGGCCCUCCAGAUGUCAGCCCCAGAGAAUAGAGGGUUUGUCCAGUCACUUGGUGACCUUCAGCUUGCUUCCUCUGGAAAUCGGCCUCCACAACAUCAGCUUUUCACUGGAGACUUCAUUUGGAAGAGAAAUCUUAGUAAAAACAUUACGAGUGGUGCCAGAAGGUGUUAAAAGGGAAAGUUAUGCUGGUUUUACUCUCGACCCAAAGGGUAUUUAUGGUGCUGUUAGCAGACGAAAGGAGUUCCCAUACAGGGUACCAUUAGAUUUGGUCCCCAAAACAGAAGUCAAAAGGAUUGUGAGUGUAAAAGGACUGCUUAUAGGUGAGGUCAUGUCUGCAGUUCUGAGUCAGGAAGGCAUUGAUAUCCUUACCCACCUCCCCAAGGGCAAUGCUGAGGCGGAACUGAUGAGUGUCGUCCCGGUAUUCUAUGUUUUUCACUACUUGGAAGCAGGAAAUAAUUGGAACAUUUUUUCUCCUGACUCAUUAACUAAAAAACAGUACCUGAAGAAAAAAUUAAAAGAAGGGAUGGUGAGCAUCAUGUCCUACAGAAAUGCUGACUAUUCUUACAGCAUGUGGAAGGGUGGAAGUGCUAGCACUUGGUUAACAGCUUUUGCUUUAAGAAUACUUGGACAAGUAAAUAUGUAUGUAGAGCAGAACCAAAAUUCAAUUUGUAACUCUUUAUUGUGGCUGGUUGAGAAUUGUCAACUAGAAAAUGGAUCUUUUAAGGAAAAUUCCCAGUAUCAACCAGUAAAAUUACAGGGUACUUUGCCUAGUGAAGCCCGAGAGAACACCCUAUAUCUUACAGCCUUUACUGUGAUUGGAAUUAGAAAGGCUCUGGGUAUAUGCCCCCUGAUGAAAAUCAGCACGGCUCUAACUAAAGCUGAAAGCUUUCUGCUGGAGAAUACGCUCUCGACCAGGAGCACCUUUACACUGGCCAUUGCUGCCUAUGCUCUAUCCCUGGGAGACAAAAGUCACCCACAGUUCCGUUCAAUCACCUCAGCCCUGAAGAAGGAAGCCUCGGUUAAAGGUAAUCCACCCAUUUAUCGUUUUUGGAAAGACGAUCUUCAACAGAAAGACAGCCCUGCACCUACCACUGGUACGGCGCGUAUGGUUGAAACCACAGCCUAUGGUUUACUCACCAGUCUGAGCUUGAGUGACAUGCGUUAUAUUAACCCAAUCAUCAAAUGGCUAUCUGAAGAGCAGAGGUACGGAGGCGGCUUUUAUUCGACCCAGGAUACAAUUAAUGCCAUCGAGGGCCUAACAGAAUAUUCACUCCUGAUUAAACAACUCCACUUGAAUAUGGAUAUCAAUGUUUCUUACAAGCAUAAAGGUGACUUCUACCGUUAUAGGAUGACAGAGAAGAAUUUCCUUGGGAGGCCAAUAGAGGCGCCUCUCAAUGAUGACCUCGUUGUCAGUACUGGAUAUAGCAGUGGCAUGGCUACAGUGCAUGUAAGAACUGUAGUUCACAAAACCAGUACCUCUGAGGAAGUUUGCAGCUUUGAUUUGAAAAUUGAAACCCAGGACAUUGAAGCAUCCAGCUACAGAGCCCACGAGGACUCGGAAUACAUGCGCAUAGUAGCGUGUGCAAGCUACAAGCCCAGCAGAGAAGAAUCAUCAUCUGGGUCCUCCCAUGCAGUAAUGGACAUCUCUUUGCCCACUGGAAUCAAUGCAAACCCAGAAGACUUAAGAGCUCUUGUGGAAGGGGUGGAUCAACUAUUAACUGAUUACCAAAUCAAAGAUGGACAUGUUAUUCUGCAACUGGAUUCGAUUCCUUCCAAUGAGUUCCUUUGUGUUCGAUUCCGGAUAUUUGAACUUUUUCAAGUUGGAUAUCUAAGUCCUGCUACUUUCACAGUGUAUGAAUACCACAGACCAGAUAAACAGUGCACCAUGUUUUACAGCACGUCCCAGCCCAAACUUGAGAAAGUGUGUGAAGGAGCAACGUGCAAAUGUGUAGAAGCUGACUGUGGACAAAUGCAGACAGAAUUGGAUCUGACAAUCUCUGCAGAUACUAGAAAAGAAACAGCAUGUCAACCAGAGAUUGCAUAUGCUUAUAAAGUUAGUAUCACAUCCAUCGCUGAAGAAAAUGUUUUUGUUAAAUACACUGCAACCCUCCUGGACAUCUACAAAGCUGGUGAAGCUGUUGCUGAGAAAGACUCUGAAAUUACCUUCAUUAAAAAGAUAAGCUGUGCUAACGCUGACCUGGAAAAAGGACAACAGUAUUUAAUUAUGGGUAAAGAAGCCCUCCAGAUAAAAUACAAUUUCAGUUUCAAGUACAUCUACCCUUUAGAUUCCUCUACCUGGAUUGAAUAUUGGCCUACAAAAGCAACGUGUCCAUCAUGCCAAGCAUUUUUAGCUAAUUUAGAUGAAUUUGCUGAAGACAUCUUUUUAAAUGGCUGUGAAUAUGCCUGAAAAACUUCAGCUUUGCACAGUUUUCACUAUGGACUCCUUUUGUGGAAGUUUCUUCCUUUUUGGUUUUUUUUUUUUUUUUAACAUUCACUGUUGGUCUUAUUUGGAAAGCUCACUUUACUUAGAAUUAGUGGCACUUACUUUUAUUAGAGAACGGUUUUAAGAGCUGUAACUUUCUGAAAUAACAUGGCCUUGGGGGGGCAUGGAGACAGAUACUCAUUCCAAGGUUAUUGGACACCAGAAGCAAUAAAUUGGAAUGCCUCCUAAAACCUACCACUCAGGAAUGUUUGCUGGGGACAAAAGAAUAGCCCCACUGAAAUGUAGUAUCUUACAAAAACAUGGCCUUUGCUUGAAAGAAAAUACCAAGGAACGGAAAACUGAUCAUUAAAGCCUGACUUUGCUUUCAAAAUG